UUGGCUUCAGGGAAAACCAGACGAUUCCAUUCAGAAAUCCACAGUCAAGCUUUGUGUGAGAAGAGCAUAGACUACAACCCUGAAAGAACGUUUGCAACAGCGUGGAGUGAAACAGAACUUAUUUUCAACAUUGCAAAGGAAUUAAAUCUUCGCAAAUAAAGACAGACGAACGAGCGUCUCCUGCUGCUACCGUCAGCCCCUCCUCCCCCUCCACCCCUCCAACACCAACUUCAGUCCCGAGGGAGUGAAGAUAUUCAGGCAACAUGGAUGGAUUUUAUGACCAGCAAGUCCCUUUCAUGGCCCCCUCCAGGCAGAAUUGUCACGUGGAAGAACCAGCGAACACGCCAUUUAACGACCGGAAGAGAAAGUUUGUUGACACUGAGCUCGCCCAGGACACAGAAGAUCUCUUUCAGGACCUCAUGCAACUUCAAGAGACAUGGAUUGCAGAAGCUCAGGUGCCUGAUGACGAACAGUUUGUCCCAGAUUUCCAGUCGGAUAACCUAAUGUUCCAUGGACCUUCAGCCAAUAAAGUGAAGCGAGAGUCCAGCGCCCCCAGAGAUGUGUCCCCCUGCAGUCAGGGACAACAGAGACUCUACACAGACAAGUGCCUUUACAGCUACAGUGCCUACAACAGGAAGCCACUUGGCAUCAGUACUUUAACCCCACCCUCCACACCCGCCUCACCCUGCAGCCCCGCCCCCACCCCGGGGACACACCCCCUACAGAGGCAGAUCACGUCCCCUGUCCAGGCAACACACCCCGGCCACAGUCGUCCAACUCACGGGCACAGCCCCUCCCACCACCGGACACUCCCGCCACACCCGAGCCAAAGCCAGCCUUUCGCCGUGCCCCGCCUACCUGUCAAUCACUCCGAUGCCUCCUACAGCUCAGAACACAGGUUCCAGCGGCAGCUCUCUGAGCCAUGUCUGCCGUUCCCUCCGCCUGACGGUGCCGCCUGUACCCCUUACCCCCAUCACCCCCACCGGGCCCCCCUGUCCCGGGACGGCCGCCCCAUCUACCAGCGGCACCUGUCAGAGCCCUUGGUCCUCCUCCCUGCUCAGGGCUUCAAGCAGGAGCUGGUGGACCUCCGUUACACCGAGCAGGGGGUCCCCACCAUGGGCCCUCCCCGCACCCCGUUCCAGGGCCUCUCUAUAAAGCAGGAGCCCCGGGAUUUCUGCUUUGACCAAGAAAUGCAGAACUGCCAGUCUUCUUUCAGGAAGUCCGGUAACUUCUACCAAAACAAUGAUGGGUUGAUCUACGACGGAGAGCCUCAUCUGUACAACGACGACACAUGCGUGGUUCCAGAGAGACUAGAAGGCAAGAUCAAGCAGGAGGCCGGAGUGUUCCGUGACGGACCGCCCUACCAGCGCCGAGGUUCCCUGCAGCUCUGGCAGUUCCUGGUCACUCUGCUGGAUGACCCGGCCAAUGGUCACUUCAUCUCCUGGACCGGCCGCGGCAUGGAGUUCAAACUCAUCGAGCCCGAAGAGGUGGCUCGGCGCUGGGGCCUCCAGAAGAACCGGCCUGCCAUGAACUAUGACAAGCUGAGCCGCUCUCUACGCUACUACUACGAGAAGGGCAUCAUGCAGAAGGUGGCUGGAGAGAGGUACGUGUACAAGUUUACGUGUGACCCCGAGGCGCUCUUCUCCAUGGCCUUCCCUGACAACCAGAGGCCCAGCCUGAAGCAGGACCCGGACUGCCUGCCACCGUCUGUGGGGGAGGACGACACCACCGUGCCCCUUGCCCACUACGAGGAUGGCUGUGGCCCCUACCUGGCCGACGGAGGGGAGCGGUGCGUCUCGUUACUGGGCUUCCCGAUAACUAUUCAUUCUGAAUGUUCUGACCAAUGA